CAGAAAAUUAAUUAGGGUUCUUAAUGUCUAAUUGUCUGAUUGUCUAAUUGUUUGCAUGUAUAUGUAUAUGUUAUCAAUUUCGCAAAUUGAGUGUUUGAUAAAUUACCUUUGAGAAAUCUGAAGAUAAUUGUACACUAUUUUGGUUUAAUUGUGUGUUUUUAAUUAAAGUGUAUGUUUGUGUGUGAUUCUUCGCUGUUUGAGUGCUAAAAUGCUUGAUUUGAGAUUUGUAUCGGUAUAUGUCAUCUAGGGUUUGGUUUGAUUCAGUGGUGAUAGAUUGUUUAUGCUCGGCUUGUGGUACAUUUGUUGUGCCAUUUAUGGUUGGUUUGUUAAACAUGAGUGAACGAUGAUUGGGAUUAAUCAUGUUCCUGAUACGAAACUGAAACUAAAAGUGUCGUGAAUUUGAAGCAGAAAGUUAUAUUGGUUAGAUAUAUGGAUACUUGACAAAGUUUUUUGACUUGGAUAGUAAUUACAUGGGGUAAAUGUGUGAUAUAUAGUUGAUAGUUGAAACAUUGUGUGAUGCUGUACACGAUAAAAGAGUGCAUUUGGUUAUUUGACUCUGCCAUAGAUUAUCCAGCAAUCAAAUUAUUUUUGUAUUUAUGAGAUCCUCUAAGGCUUAUAAAUUGGGUGAUUGGUUAAUACAGCAGAACUAUACUGCUCUUACAUUGGUAAUGGUUGUUAUUUUAUGGGCCAGUAAUGAGGGAGUCACUAGAUUGAAGCACAUGGUAUUGUAAACUGAUAUUGGAACUUCUGAAUAUCUGUAUUUGCGUCGUAAACUACUGCGAAAGGGGUCUUUGUACUUAUAGCUGGGUUAUCAUGUACUUUGGUCCAAAAAAGCUAUUGCAUUAUUUUGUUGAGUCAAGUAAAGUGAGAGACCUAUGCAACUGCAAAGGUUGUAUAUCGUUUUCAUGACUUUGACUGAUACUUGUUAAUAGUAUAAAUUGCAGAAGAACUGUUUACUAUCACAUUAUGAGAGUUGUCAUUUAUUAGUCAGUGACUGUUUAUAUUCGUAACAGGGAUCAUGGAGUCUUUUGCAGAUUUGUCGAAUAAUGGUACAUACGACAAUCAUCCAGAAUAUUUGCCGCAGUCCCCUUUAUUUCCUCCAAUCCCCACUACACAAGAAGGCGGUUCUUCUGAAGUUAAUAAACAGAAAAGAUCCCGGACGAAGAAUUUCUCAACACAAGAGGAUAUGUUACUUAUGUCCGCGUGGUUAAACAUUGACUUGAAUCCUGUUCAUGAAAACAAUCAAACACAACAACCAUACUGGGAACGAAUUGCAGCCUAUUUUCAUGAACAUAAGCAAUUUGAUUCUGAUCGACAUACUAACUCUUUGAUGCAUCGGUGGUCUUCGAUUCAAAUUGCUGUUGGUAAAUUUCAAGAGUAUUACAACCAAAUAGACGCUACAAAUCAGAGUGGAACCACAGAACAAAAUAGGGUAUGCCAAGCAUUGGAGCUGUACAGAAGUAUACACAAAUCUUCUUUCCCCUUCAUGCAUUGUUGGAAUGAGUUGCGAUAUUCACCAAAAUUUGCCUCCAACUUGCUAAAGAGAAAAAACAAGAAACCACAACAUUCCAGUUCAUUAGUCUCCUCUCCAUCUACUCCAGAUUCGGUUAGUUUCAAUGUUGAAGAUGAAGCUACUCUAGAACUACCAAUGGGAAGAAAAACAACUGAAGAAUUGCAUAAGAUCACAAAAAGAAAGGUUCAAGAAGCUGAAGAAGCUGAGGAUGAAUACUUUAAAGCAAUAUUUGUUGAGAUGAAGGAAUCGCAACUGGUUGCAAGAAGUGAAAGGAUUAAAAGAGUGGAUGAGCUGCUGAGACUGGAAAGAGAAAGACAAGAAUUUGAAAAAAGAAAAGAGGAACAGGAACAAGAAGAAAAAGAACGAGAACGAAAAAAGGAAGAGCGAGAAAGAAAAAAGGAAGAACGCGAAGAAAUACUUUAUGAGCAGCGCAUUAUGUCUACCAACACUACUAACAUGGAUGAAAUUGAAGCCGAGUACUAUAGUUUACUCAAAUCUUCAAUUAUUAAGAAAAGACGCAGCACAGGAUUUCAGUUGUAAAUUAACUGAGAGUAUAUCAUUGGAGACAUUAGUUAAGGACCCUUUUUAGAUAUGCAGUUAUUGGAAACAGUGAUAGGAUGAUUAUCUUUUUAUCUUAAAACUAUGAACUUAUUGGAAAAUUAUUGGAUUAUGAUC